GUGACAGCGGUCCUCUGUGAUCUUCCUGCAGGGAAAUAAGCGCUACUUGCCCGCAAUAACAGCAGCUUUCACCGGAGCCGACCCCACUGAUCUCCCACUGGAUUUACGUGCAGUCCGGAAGCCCGACACAUCAGAAGCAGUCUGGGGUGUAUUAGAGAGUUGGCAAACUCUGUACCGUUAAUUCAGAAGGACGUGUUCUUGUAGAACGGACCACAAGCAGCAGCAGCACAGGCUCUGCUGACCACUAGAACUCGUACUGGGAGAGUACGGGCUUUUUUCAUUUUAAAAAAAUGAAAUCACUUGUAAAUUGUUAAUGUUGUAAUUCAGGCUACGGCUCCCGACGAUGAGUUGGUUUGGUUCUCAUCUGACUCCUAUUGGACUGACUAUAUGGACAGCAGCGCGGCUCGAAUCAUUUUGCUUCUGACGUUUCUCCUGUUCUCCUUCAUGCUGCUCCUCCGGCUGACCUGGACUCUGACUGCCACCGCAAGUUGCUUCCUGCUUCUCCAUAACCACCUGCUGAGUGCUGGUCAUCUGGUUGCAGGAACCUGUGAGAUCAUAACUCUGAACCAAGACAACAGCCAACCAAGGACAACUAUUGCCCAUCAAACAGUCCGUUGCGCAUGCAUGAAAGGACAGAUUGCUGGGACAACACGAACCAAACCGGCCUGUGUUGAAGUUCAAAUCGUCAGGAGUGAACAAUGGUGCGAAAUGAUUCCAUGUUUGGAUGAUGAGGGUUGUAAUAUCCUGAUCAAAAAAUCGGGCUGGACCUGCACACAAAAAGGAGGCCGAAUAAAAACUACCACGGUCGAGAAAAUACCUAUCAUCUUGGUGCCGUGACCCGGAUCUCUCAACAUAUCUGUUGCUGACAGACGAAGAGACGACACGCUGAAACCGUGCACGGCCAGGCCCAACAAAACCUGGAGAACAAUGUCCCGGGAAGUGAAUUCUUUGCCAGGCCAGCACCUUAGGUCUGACUUUGUCUGCCAGCAAUGGAUUGAAGAGGUCCGAACUAAUAAGACGAACCAACAGAAACCCGAGAUGAUGUGCCUCCCUCGUCACCAGCUAAUGACAGCGUUCAAGAAGGCAAAGAAGAUUAAGAAGACAAAGAAGAGUUCCAACACCUCCAGAUACUGGAGUAUCUGCUGAUCGUAAUUUCCUGACACCUGGGAACUGCCAUACAGCAAAAUACUGUAUGGUGUCCUGCUGGACAUGUGGACUGAAACUACAUUCCUGCGUUUGGAUGCAACUGAACUCAUACAAUCUCCGCUGGUCUACUCCCUGACAUCAGCGUGGAGAAGAAAAGAUAAUGUGCUUCAGAGACGAAGACAACAAACUGAACAGUUUGACACUUGUUUCAUUCGUGGACAACAUGGACAUUGACUGAGGGACAGUCUGGACAACUCACAGAUCCAAUACCAAAACCAGUUGGCCUGACAGGAGAGCGAGGAGGGGAGAGGACUAUGCUGCAGCAACGCCAGCAGCAGGAUGAGACAAACAGAAGACAGCUAAAGAUAAGUGUAUCACACACACAGCUGUUAUAUACACUGCUACUGCAAUGAAGAAUUGCUUGCUAAACGUGUACAUGUAUUACCUAGCCAGAAAAGGAAGUUGUAAAGGCUUUUAUUUUCAACGUUAGACAAAUUCUCUCAGUUUAUCCCUGUUAACUCUGAGUCCUGAGCAGCAGGACCAUUGCUAAGGGUCCGUUUUGGUUCCAUGAGCCAUAGGUUGGGAAACUGUGAAGGGAAAACUGCAAUCACUAAAAGUUGAGCAAAGAUCUAACGAAAAUUAUGCCCGUAAGUUACACCAACUAAAAAUUAUCAAAGAUUCUAAGCUAAUAAUGAUUUACAAAAGUUUUCUUUUUCAUUUUUAAAGGACUAUCUUGGUAAUACAUGCUAGUUUGGAAUUAAAAUGAAAUAUUUCUAAGUAUUAAAAACUAACUAAUAUUGCUGUGAUCAUAGACCAAAGUAUUUAUUGUAGUUAAAUUGAACAGUUAUGAAUCUACAUUUUAUUAAAAUGGGUGAAGUGUUUCAGCAACAGGAAAUUCAGUUGCUGCUGGAUUCUAACACGUCUGAGAUAGCUUUUUUUUUAUGUGCACGUUACCUAAAACAGGAUCCUGACAACAAAAGAUAAAUAUUAACACAUUAAAAAUGUUAACAAAAUAAAAGAAAAUUCUUGAAGCUUCAGAAAAUCUUAUCACAAGUUGAGCAAAGGAAAACAGACUGAAAAUCUAUGACAGAAAAUCUGAUCACUUUUUAUGUUUCUGUUUGUGUCAACUUGUGUUGAUGGAAAUGAAUGUGAAUAUGAGAAUAAACAGACAGUACUAAAAAACUGAGUAACUGAUCAAAUUAUUAAUUAUUUGACAAUAAAAAGGUAGAUUUCCAGCUGGUCUGAAAGGUUAAAUGAAAUUUUGGUAUUUUAAGUAACUAGUUACUCUAAAUUGUGAAUUAAAAAAAGAAAAAAGAAAAAAUGUGUUCUCGACUAAGUUUGAAACCUUUAAUCUAAGUUGAUUGGUGAUUAUUAAAUUCAUAAAAAUAUUGAAUUAGAGGAUUUGAGAUUUUGGUUUGAUUUCGGGAUGGUCAUUUGAGAAAAAAAGAGUAACACUGUUCUGCAGAAGAGCCAACUCUGGGUUGUGCCAUCUGUCAGGAGUAAAACAGAAGUGUUCCAUCCUGAUGAAUUUGAUAACAUCCACAUGUAAGAUCUUUAACAAAAAUGCCUUUUUGCUAACAGCUCUCCUACAAGCGAUGGAACUGCCAGCUAAAACUAGGAGUUUGUAAGUGUGCAGCACACACCACAAGUAAGGAUGAGGUUCUAUAAUAACAAAAAAGUUAGCUGAUCAAAUGUUAAAAGAAGCAGCAACAGGACAACAUAGAACUGGAAACUUCCUAGAGCAAAAUGAAGAAGAACUAGUAAUAGAUAAGCUUGUUUUAACUAUCAUGCAGCAUAAUGAUACGAAAACAAGAAAACAAAUGUGGAUAACUAAAAAGGCAAUACUGAAUAAUGAUAAAAUUUUUCAGGUAAAUAAAUAAAUCUAUUCUACCACAUUCCGUUAAGUGGCAGCAUUUUUUGACACAUGGAUAUUUUUGUCAUGUGCCAACAAGGAGGAUUAUUACUAACACAUAUGGAUUAAAAGUAAAAAAAAAUAAAAAAUACAAUUUAAAAAAAGAAUGUAUUGCAUGACUAGUCUGUGUUAAAAACAAUCCUCAAGGAAACAUGUGACCAAAAAGAGGAAGUUUCCCAAAACCUUCCUAUCAAUUCUGGACAAUGCAUAUGAAUUUCAUUGAACUUACACAAAGUGGACCACAUAAAUAUUGUUUGGUAAUGAUCAAUGCAUUUUCUAAAUGGGUUGAAAUAGUUUCAGCAAAGCAUGCAGAUGCUUUGAUAGUAGCUAAAGCUGUAUGUAAAACAAUUAUUCCAACACAUGGAAUACCACUAACUAUUUAUAGCGAUAUUGGGCCACAUUUUGUUAACAAGAUGAUACAAAAUAUGGUUGCUCAUUUAGGAAUGACAUUAAAAAACCAUUGCUCUUAUCAUUCACAGAGCACAGGGCUUAUCUAUGGGGAGAACAAAAGAAACUGUAAGAGUAGAUUAAGAAAAUGUACGGAAACAAUUAAGACACCAUGGCCAGAAUGUUUAGAUUUGGUGAAAUUGUACAUGAGAAUUACACCCACACAGGAAGGAUUUACACCAUUUGAAAUAAUUCAUAGAAGACAGUAAAGAUUACCAAUACUUUCUGAAGAUUCACAGAAAGCAGAUGAGGAACAAACACUGGCAGAUUAUAUGAUCAGGAGUUUAAAACACAAAAAGGUGUCAAAUGCAAAUUUACUGUCCUCUGACUCUGCUCCUCCACAGGAAGCUACUCUUAUCAAGCCAGGAGCCUUGGUGUAAAUCAGAGUUAUAAAAAGGAAGAGAUGGGCCAGUCCAUUGUGGGAGGCUCCAUUCCAAGUGUUGAUAACGACUCCAACUGCUAUAAAGAUUUCUGAAAGACCAAGCUGGAUUCAUUUCAGUCACUGUAAGUUGCAGAGAGUGUUAGACUUCUAGAUUUGAGUGAAGGGGAAGCCGAACUACAAAGGGAAUUUACAAAUAUAGAAGUAAAUUGUCUCAAUGUCCACAGAAGAAAUCAACAGAUCCUCACUCUGUUAGCCUAAAAGUUCUGACAUCUCUGUAAUCUGAGCAGUAAGGCCAGGUGGAACCCCUGCUGUGCUGUGGCUACAGUAUGUUUAUUGCUCGGUAGUGGGGGCUGCCUCAGCCUCAACAAGAU